AGGUGAUGAAACUCGGAAGAAGAGAAGGGGUAGAGAAGAUGCGUGGAACUGCCAUUGCAGAGAUCGGCAUCAACCAUGGGAAGAGCUGCCCAGAAAACCCUCCUGUCUUUACUCUGCAUAACAGCAGUGGUUUGUGCAGAUAAAGACACCUGCCCAGAUGUAAGAAUAGUGGGUCUCAGUGGUUCUGAGAAACUUACCGUUCUCCAGGGCUGCCCUGGGAUUCCUGGAGCUGCAGGUCCCAAAGGAGAACCCGGAGUUGCGGGAAUGAAAGGAGAUAAUGGAGCCCCUGGAGCCUCAGCAACAAUAGGUGAGAAACAGCUGGACGAUGCCCUGUGCAGGAAAGGAGCACGGGACUGCAAGCAGCUGUUAAGCGAAGGGAAUUCUCUGAGUGGCUGGUACACCAUUUUUACGCAGGACUGUGUUGCCAUGACUGUGCUGUGUGACAUGGACACGGAUGGCGGGGGAUGGAUUGUAAGUCAGAAUAAAGCACCCUUUGCCCCAUUGCAGCCAGUUAGACGCUGUGUAUUGCUUCCACCAGUUUUACAGCUGUCAGGCCACAUUCCCUCAUGCUAGGUCAUCUCCCUGCCUAAGCUAAACCCCGGGAUCCUU